AUGAAUAAUACAUGCAAUCCGAAAAUCAUAGCGUUGAACGAACUGCAAUUAGUUAAGGAUUAUGCUCCAAAGAAAGAUUUUGAAUUAACAGAGUUCGUGAUUUAUAAUGAACAUAGAGACUUAACAAAUAUUUACGACCUACAAGAAAUGAAUAGAACUACUACUUUAUUUUGGGAUGCGCUCAUCUCAAUUCCUAGGGAAGAUAACCAAAUUCUUGUUAAAGAGGCACGAUUUGACGAAAUAUCAAUACAGUAUCGGGACGAUGCACAUGGCGUAAGAAUUUUGCUGCGAUCGACGCUCGACAAAAAUGUCUGGUAUUGGUUAUUUUCAGCAGCAAAGACAUAUGAUCCAUUAUAUAACGCAUUCCUCUGGAAAGCGAUCUUCGCAAAACACAUUUUUUCAUGGGCAGAUGUUCGCACAGAUAUUAUGUUAAUGGAUUUUAAAGAAUGUUUUUAUGAAUGGGUGACCGAGAAAUGGAAUCACGAUAAAGAAUUUUGUUGGUGGUUAUCUGGGAUGCAGGGCAAGACUGAUUUUCGUGGUGUUGUAAAUGCAUGUGGUCAUUUCUUGCAUAAUCAAGCAAAGAACUUGAAUGCUGAGGUUUUAUUGGGACUGACAUUUUUCAGAGAUAUCGGUCACGCUAAAAAUCAGUUAGAAGAAGCGAGCUUGAAAACCGAAUCUCAUAAGCAACACGAAAAAACCUUUGUCACGCCGACGGUUUUUCGUUGGUUUAAAGAUGUUUUUCCUGGUCGUCUGUUUCUGGUAACCCAAAAUAUUGACAACCAAAGUUCGCAAUCUACACAAGCAUCACUACCAUCAGCUAUUAGAAAUUCUAAUGAAAAGUCCGAAUUUCGAAUUUUAUGCCACAACAGAUGUACACAACUCAUUUUUCUCGAAAAAAAUACAGUUAUGUUGGACCAAGUUUCCUUUACGGUCGGCGACACGGUCGAAGUAUAUCCAGACGAAGAUGAAGCUGACGAUGAACCGUUAAUCUGCAUUUUGACUGAAUUAAAACCAGAAGGUUUUAAGCUUUUAUGGCUCUACACACGAAACCAAACCUUAUUAAAGAAUUUAGACCAAGAUUUGCAUCCUCAAGCGACUCAAGAAUUAUUUUUUACCAGACAUGCGAAAGAAAAUCAUUAUUUUUGUCGUUAUUAUUAUCGGCAUGUUGAAGGCGAUUUUCUUGCGCUCUCCGAAGAGUAUUUAACUCGACUCGAUCGACUAUGUGGUUGUUUUCAUGUGAAAGAUGAGGGCUGGUACAAAUUCGUCGAAAAAUAUCGAGUAGGAGAUUGUAUACUUAUUGACCCUAUUUCCGAAGAUUCGACAAAAUUUUACACAGUCGCAUGCAUCGAAGCAUUUAACUACCAAAAAAAAUCAGCCACAUUACGUCGAUUUCUUCGUUUUCAUGAAGUUCGGGAAGAAAAAUGGGGAGGAAUAAAUGAGCUAAAUGAGCUCCUUUAUUCGGAAGAGCUCGUUUUCGAGUUCGAAAAAUUUGAUAAACCAAUUAGGCCUUGCCAUGUCGAAUAUUUCAAUUAUUCAGAUUGGCUAGCUUAUUAUCCCGAUAAUAAAAACCCACUUCCCAUUAAUCUACAUAUUGAACUAGUUACAGAUGAAAAAAUUAUCACUAGAUUCAAACCAUAUUGCCAAAAAGUCUCCGAAGAGACGAAGCUACGCGGACUGGAUUUAUUUUGUGGUAGCGGUUCUCUGAGCAGAGGAUUGGAGGAUUCGCAAUUUGUUGAAUGCCGAUGGGCAUUUGAUAAAUAUUUCGAGGCAUGCCAAACAUUCCGGCAAAAUGCAAAAUACAACAAUGUAAUUGUAAUGCACGAAAGUGUUAAUAAAAUACUAUCUGAUGCUGUCAAGAAUAUUAAUCCAAGGAUCCCAAAAAAGGGAGAUGUCGAAAUUCUUAUUGCAGGCUCUCCUUGCCAAGGAUUCUCUACCUUGAAUAGACAAAAAGGCAGCAGUAAAAGUCAAGUUAACAACUCACUUAUUGCUUCCUUUGCAUCAUUUGCAGAAUAUUAUUCACCUAAAUAUUUGUUAUUAGAAAAUGUGGCUCCUUUUGUUAAGGAACCCGUUUUCGUUAAAUUGGUCGCAUGUCUGUUGGAAAUUGGAUACCAAGUUAAAUUUGGCUUGGUGUCUGGCGAGCAAAUUGGUUGCCCACAAUCUAGAGUCCGGACAAUUUUAUGGGGGGCAAAACAAGAGGUCGUGCUUCCAGAUUUGCCUCCCGUAACUCACGACUCUGGAGAAAUAUAUAGACAUCAUCAAUACACAAUUGACUUACCUAGAGGACCAACUAUAAGAGGUAUUACCAAGCCAGAAUAUAUCAAUUUUCCGACAAUCACUAUUGAGAGAGCCAUCGGGAAAUUACCUCGUAUUCAAACAGGUGUUUUGUGGUUUCCGUCUUUCCCCGACCAUAGAAUCAACACCUUCUAUAAGAAUUAUCACCGCGACAAAGAAAUCAUGAAACUGAUUCCAAAAGAACCAAAAGCAGAUUAUUUUACCGCUUUAGAACGUGGACUGAUUCCAGAAGAACUACAAGUUAUGAAUUCUACAGGUUCACCAUGUUGUCAACGUAUUAAUAAAAAUGGCGUUUUUUCCACGAUUACAACAAAUAUAAGAUUUCUCGAUUCUGAUAUUAUAAUUGGUCAGAUCGAGGACCAGUAUAAAAUUAUCGGAAACGCUGUUCCUAAGAAUAUGGCGUUUGCCUUGGGAAUACAACUUGGAUACGCUUUAACGGACCCGUUUCAUCGGUCAGCAUGGGGCUCGCAAAUGGAGUGA